CGUCCGGCUGGCAACUGCUGCUGCUCAUAGUUUCUGCCUCUUCCUCUCUUUUUUUUCUCUCUCUCCUGGGUCUCCUCCCUAUCUUUCUCUUCUUCCCUCCCUCCCUUCUCCCCUCUCUCUUCCACACGAACGCGGCAUACCUCCUCUUCAGCAGCCAACGUGCGAGCUGAGUCUGACGCGAGUACCCGCAUACGGAGUGCGGACCGCGGAGUGUCGUUGGCGCGCAUCCUCGGUUCAUUUUUCUCCAGAUAGCCUAGCCCACAUUUUUCCCUUCCUGACGCAGAGAAGAAGAGUGGCUUUGGAGCUCUCUUUCAUUAGCCAUACAUUUAAGAGCCCUCUCCAUCCUGCUCUCUCUCACAUCUCUACAGGAAACUAGAGACAAUUUCGGAAUAUGGUACCUCUCAGUGGUAAUGCCAUGUGACAAGGCUUUUCAUCAUUUUGUGUGUCUUUCCACUCUAACAAAAGUCGCUGGGUUCGUCUGUGUGUUCUGACGGCGUUGAUAUUCAAAGAGGGGCCAAGUGAAGGGAAAAUAAAAGCCCCUGGGAAAAUGGAAGUUUUGGCGUUGGCUUGGUCCGCUGAGGCUGCUGCUGCUGCUGGUGAUUUGGUGAUUGGUGCAGGGGGGAAACUGCGUCGUCAGGUCUGAAAGGCUGGGAUUCUCGGGUCAUUAUAACAGGACCUGCUUUUCAAGAUAACAAGGUUUUCCCUGACGUUAUUGAAUGGUUACAUAUUUAUUCUUUUAAAAGAGCGGCCACAUCCUCCAGCCCCCCAGUUCGCCUUAACGCGUCGGCGUUUGGAUGCGGUUUGUUUCCUCUGCGGCUCAGCGUCUCUCUGCUCGCCCAGAAUAUGAUUUAAUGUUGGGAGGAAUUUCAGCGGGGUGCCAGUCUGUGACUACCCGGGAAUUUCUACUGAUUUCCCUCUUACAGACAAGCAUCACACUCUAACGUCAAGUGAAGAGCAUAUCAAGGCACAGAUUACAGGGAAUUUCCUUGACCGCCUUACAGAUGGACUAAAAAAAGGAGCUUCGGUUCUCGGGAUUUUAACUCUGAUCGCUCUCACUCAUAGAGCUGUUUUCUCUGGUUUUGGGGGGAAAUAUAUCUGGACAACAUGAAAGUUAUCUCGGCUAUGUUGCUCGUUGCCGUUGUUUGGAGCCAGGAGUGGAGGUCGGUGCUCUCGGAUUCAAUCAUCCACAUCGGUGCCAUCUUUGAUGAGUCAGCACGGAAAGAUGACGAGGUGUUUCGCCUUGCCGUGGCAGACCUCAAUUUGAACAACGAGAUCUUGGAGACAGAGAAGAUCACCAUUUCUGUGGAGUUCGUUGACGGAAACAACCCCUUCCAGGCUGUGCAAGAAGCCUGUGAGCUGAUGAACCGUGGUAUCCUGGCCCUGGUCAGUUCCAUCGGCUGCAUGUCGGCGGGCAGCCUUCAGACUCUGGCCGAUGCCAUGCACAUCCCCCACCUCUUUAUCCAGCGUUCCCCAGCAGGAACACCCCGCUCCGCCUGCCCACCAACCAGUCGCGUCCCUGGAACAGAUGACUACACCCUAAUGGUCCGCCCACCUGUCUAUCUCAAUGAGGUCAUCAUGCAAGUGGUGUCUGAGUACAGCUGGCAGAAGUUCAUCCUCUUCUAUGAUUCUGAUUUUGAUAUCCGUGGUAUUGAGGAUUUCCUGGACCGGACCUCUCAGCAGGGAAUGGACGUGUCCCUUCAGAAGGUGGAAUCUAAUAUCAACAUGAUGAUCACAAGUCUGUUCAGAACAAUGCGUGUGGAAGAGCUGCAUCGAUACAGGGAUACACUACGCAGAGCUGUGCUGUUCAUGAGUCCAGCCACCGCCAAGGCUUUUAUCACUGAGGUGGUGGAGACCAACCUGGUGGCCUUCGAUUGUCACUGGAUCCUGAUUAAUGAGGAGAUCUCGGACUACGACUUGCAGGAGUUAGUUAUGAAGUCGAUCGGUCGGCUGACGUUGGUGCGCCAGACAUUCCCCAUGCCCCAGAACACAACUCAGCGCUGUGUCAAACACAACCACCGGAUUAACACUUCCCUCUGUGACCCUAAAAACCCCAAGGCUCAGCAGCUAGAGAUCUCCAACCGCUACAUCUAUGAUACUGUGUUGCUGCUGGCCAAUACCUUUCACAGAAAACUGGAGGAUAGGAAGUGGCACAGCAUGGCGAGUCUGAGCUGCAUCAGGAAGAACUCCAAACCGUGGCAGGGAGGCAAGAGCAUGCUGGAUACUGUCAAAAAGUUCGGAGUGAGUGGCCUCACCAGCUUCCUGGAGUUCACUGACAAUGGCACUAACCCCAACAUCUUUUUUGAAAUCCUGGGAACUAAUUAUGGAGAGGACAGGGGAAGAGGAGUCAGUAGGCUUGCAACAUGGGACCCAGUUCAUGGCUUGAACGGCACACUGACAGACAGGAAACUGGAAAAUAACAUGAGAGGAGUGGUGCUACGAGUCGUCACUGUGCUGGAGGAGCCGUUUGUUAUGGUGUCAGAGAACGUUCUGGGGAAACCAAAGAAGUACCAGGGCUAUUCUAUUGACGUCCUGGAUGCCCUGUCCAACUACCUGGGCUUUAAGUAUGAGAUCUACGUCGCUCCAGACCACAAAUAUGGAAGCUUGCAGCCUGAUGGUCAGUGGAAUGGACUGAUGGGUGAAUUGGUGUUUAAGCGAGCCGAUGUGGGACUUUCUGCCCUGACCAUCACGCCUGAGCGAGAGAGCGUUGUGGACUUCACCACACGCUACAUGGAUUACUCUGUGGGUGUUCUGCUGCGCAAGGCCGAACGCACAGUGGACAUGUUUGCCUGCCUGGCGCCCUUCGAUCUGUCACUGUGGGCGUGCAUCGCGGGAACUGUUCUCCUCGUUGGCAUCCUGGUGUACUUGCUCAACUGGCUCAACCCACCCCGGCUACCCAUGGGAUCUGUGUCCUCGACAACCCUGUACAAUUCCAUGUGGUUUGUGUACGGCUCCUUUGUGCAACAAGGUGGAGAGGUGCCCUAUACCACUCUAGCUACGAGGAUGAUGAUGGGUGUUUGGUGGAUGUUUGCUCUAAUCGUCAUCUCCUCAUAUACCGCCAAUCUAGCAGCCUUCCUCACCAUCACACGUAUAGAGAACUCUAUACAGUCUCUACAGGACUUAUCCAAGCAGACAGAGUUGCCUUAUGGUACAGUGUUGGACUCUGCAGUAUAUGAUCAGGUGCGCUCCAAAGCUAUGAACCCCUUUGAGAGAGAUCCCAUGUACUCCCAGAUGUGGCGGAUGAUUAACCGCACUGGAGGAGGGGAUAAUAAUGUUGAAGAGUCAAAAGAAGGCAUUCGCAAGGUGAAGUACGGCCGGUUUGGUUUCGUGUGGGAUGCAGCAGUGCUGGAGUACGUUGCUAAUAAUGACGAGGAUUGCUCCUUCUACACUGUCAGCAACAACGCACCAGACCGUGGAUAUGGUAUCGCCAUGCAGCAUGGCAGCCCCUACAGGGACAUUUUCUCCCAGAGAAUCUUGGAGCUCCAACAAAACGGGGACAUGGAUAUACUGAAACUCAAGUGGUGGCCCAAGGACAGCCCCUGUGACCUCUACAGCUCAGUCCAGACACGACAGCGUGGCAACGCCCUGGACAUACACAGCUUUGCGGGAGUUUUCUGUGUCCUGGCAGCCGGCGUGGUGCUCUCCUGCCUCAUUGCCAUGGUGGAAAGCUGGUGGUCACGGAGGAAGGGAUCCAGGGUCCCCUCCAAGGAGGACGAUAAGGAGAUCGACCUGGAGCACCUACACCGCCGGGUUAACAGCUUGUGCACCGAGGAUGAGAGCCCCCACAAGCAAUUCUCCACCUCUUCCGUCGAUUUAACACCCCUUGACAUGGAUGCGCUUCCCGCUGCGCGCCAGGCACUCGAGCAAAUCAGUGAUUUCCGCAACACCCACAUCACCACCACCACCUUCAUCCCCGAGCAGAUCCAGACCCUCAGCCGCAGCCUCUCUGCCAAAGCCGCCGCUGGAUUUUCCGCUGGUUUCGGUAGCGGUGGCGGUGGCGGGGGCGGUCUCCAGGACCACCGGACUGGCGGGGUGGGCCCUUUCAGGCAGAGGGCCCCCAACGGUGGCUUUUUCCGCAGCCCCAUUAAAACAAUGUCCUCUAUCCCCUACCAGCCCACAGGUCCAGGACCCAACUUUGGAUAUGGCAAUGAUCCAGACAGGGGCACCUCCAUAUGAGGAGUUGCUAAGGAUACAGUUGGUUCAGGAGGAAGAGGAGGAGAAGGAGGAGGCAAGGUGGUUAGAGUCAGUUAUGGGGUGGUAGAACAAAUACAUUAUGGCUAAGAUAAAAAGUCAGAAGAUAGAGAUCAGUGUACAUAGGAAUCUCUCUGUUUUAUAUGUGGAGAAAAUGAUGGAGGUUCAGGGGCGUUCCUUAUCCUCCUGCAAACCAUGCUGGUGAGGUGCAAGAAGGGAAGUGGGGGGUGGGUGGGGGUCUUGAAUCUUUGCUUUGUUGUUGUUGUUCUUGUGAUUGUUUGGGGGAUUAUUUUGGGGGAUAUGUGUGAAAGGGGAUCUUUUUUAUUGUUUCUGUUUUAUGACAUGAGGACUGCCUCAUGUAAUGGAGAUUUGCUGAAAUGACCCGACUCCUAUUACUGUCUGAACCCCGCGUCAGAGGGUUUCGUUUAUACGACUCCAACCACAGGAAAUAUUUCUACAUUCUUGUGAGCUCCAGGGCUGCCAUUUGUGGAUGACUGGUUGUAUCUUAAGCCAAGAAACAACAACUAAUAAGCAAUUAUGGGGCAGAAGUUAUUUUAUGAUGGUAUAUAUAACCCAUAGUUUUGUCUGUAGCCCUGGGAAUGCAUACAGCAGCCUCUUGAAGUUUUGAAAAGGCCCCGUCUCAGUGAAUAUUGGAAGAUCCCACUUCUCCAGGUUUACGCUGCCUUUUCACUAUGUGGGAGUCCAUGCUCAGUUUUCUCUUCUUCUCUGGUGGUGUUUCACCAAUACCUGGGGUUCUAAAUGUGUAAUCAUCUCCAAGAUGGUGUCCACACAGUGGCUGACUAGACCUAAGACUUUACAGCUGAACACAUGCUGACACCUUGAUGGUGCAUCGGUCUGAAAACUGUUGAAAUGCCAUGACAGUGCAACAGUAUGACACUGUAGAAUCACCAGUUUGGUGCAUCGAUCUUAAACUAUUUCUGCCAUUUUGGUGCAUCAGCCUGAAACUGUUUUCACCAUUUUGAUGCACAUUAAAGACUCUUUAUCAAUCCCACUGCACUGUACCAGUGCCCACAGACCUGUAAGUGAUUGUAUGUAGAUCUGACCUUUUCUUUUCUCACCUGUAUUGUGUGCUUUUCAAGUCAAGGUGAGAUCCUCUAAUCAGACUCUGAGGGAUAGUAAAAAGGGAUGAUACAAAAAAACAACUUAAAGAGAAAAAAAGAUAAAAGACAAGCUGAAAGACUUCAAAAAGCUUAUGCUUAUUAUAUGUCUUUUAUUGAAUUUUGUUUUUGAAAAAAAAUAGAUUUUAAUGCGUGGAAUGUGUUUUGGUCAGGAAGUACAAAAAAUAACAUUGUUCUGAGCUGUCUACUUGUUUUUUCCCUCAGCAAACUUUGAAAAACUGCUAAAUGAGUGCUGUAGUCUCUGGUUUUGCAUCAUUGUCAUUCAAACUUUUACUUUUGAUUUUUCUUUGUUUUGCUUAAUUUUACUGCUGCCAUGGCCUGGGUGUUUAAAAGAUAAAAGCCCAUUCUGUAAGGUCAUGUCAUGUUUGAGUUCAUUGAUCACUUCAGGUUCAAGUGAAAUUGAGUUGAUUUUGUGUUGAGGAGAAGCCAUUGCAACAGCAUCUUCAGUACAGGCCUUAUGUCAACUAGAGAGUUGUACCCUUCCAAUUUCCAGUCAAACCCAAAAUAUCACCGUGUACUGGAAACAUUUAAGAGCAGCAAAUCAGUGGUUGUGCUUUAGGGUCAUGGGAAUGUCACAAAGAAUCAACGGCCAUCAAAAUCCAGUGGCUGCCUUUUAUGAGAUGAGUCCGAAAUAUACUUCUAUUUCAUAUCUGUAAUGUUAAGGGUACUGUUUAUAUAACUUGUUUUUUUUUUUAAAGUGCCAAUUAAAUAAAAUGAGACCAUUAAGGUGCAUUUUGGGGUGGGGAAGGGAAAUGGUACAUUAAGACUAUUAAAGGAUAUUUUGUGGAUUAGAGGCUGGGGUGGUAAAAUGGAACCAAACCUUUUUCACUAACACUGUAUUAAUAAUUGAUAAUGUUAGUUGUUUAGAACAAGUUUUCAGUUUGUUAUCUUUAAGAACUAAAACCGCAAAAUGUUGUGCGUAGAGAACUCAGUCAAGCCACAGUGUUUUGAAGCAAGCGUUCUUAGGCAUUCUUUUCUUAUAUUAGGCUACAGUAUGGCUAUUGAAUGACAAAUAGGACACAGACAUUUAAAAAGUUUUAUUUAGUAUAAAUGAAAGAGACAUUAUAAAAUGUAUAUUUUACAUGUUGAUGCUAUUUUUCUUUAACAAAAAGAGAAGAGUAUAUCAUGAUGAGCUUUAGUGCUGAGUUUAGCAGUCACAUUACUGCAAUUGGUUUUCCCUUGUCCUGCCCCUGGUCAACAUACACACAAACUCUUUGCUUUUCUCAUGUCACCCUGAGUUCAUUCUAUUAUUUGCUGGCUAAAUAACAAAAAGUGGCAAGUUGAUUAAAAAGAAAGCAUGCACAAACUUGCUAUUGCUAUCUGUUAACAUUUUUAAUUUCAUACAUAGAACUACAGGAUUUACUUGAUAAUUUUCAAAAAUUUAUGAUGUACAGUAUUUAAUAUAGGCCUAUUUUGUUGUAUGUGUUGCAUAUUAUUCAAAAACUGAACAAACUUGGGCCUCUGUUACAAGUGGCAAAGCUUUCUGUGUAUAAUUUGUCUAAUAAACAGGUUUUCUACA